AUGUACCGACAGAUUUGGGUACUAGAAAAAUACCGCGGAUACCAGCAUAUACUCUGGAGAAAUUCUCCACAGCUCCAGAUCCGGGAGUACACGUUGAACACGGUUACGUAUGGAGUAAACAGCGCUCCUUAUUUAGCGCUUCGGGUCCUUCGUCAUAUUGCUGAUAAUGAUUGUGAGGAGGUCCCUGAAGUUAGCAAGGCGCUCAGAUUCCAGACUUACAUGGACGACAUCUGUGUGGGGGCACCAUCGUUGGAAUGUGCUUUAUCAUUGAAAUCUGAUUUAAUUAAAACAUUGUCCAGAUCGGGAUUAAUGUUGAAGAAAUGGUCUAGCAACGAACCACGGUUGUUAUCAGGUCUUCCGCUGGAAGACUUAGCAGGUGAUCCCCUUACGUUUGACCGUGGUGACGGCAUUCCUGUGCUAGGUAUGCAAUGGCGUCCAACCGCGGAUCAUUUUGUGUACGAUAUAACCGCAAUCAAGUCAGUUUUGUCCAAACGUGGGGUCCUAUCGGUAAUUGCAAGGAUCUUCGACCCGUUAGGGUUUCUAUCGCCAGUUAUUUUUCAUGCCAAGUGUAUUAUGCAACGUUUAUGGUCUGCUCAAACUUCGUGGGAUGAACCACUACCGCCAGCCAUCGCUACGGAAUGGCAACAAUUCAUGGACAUGCUAGGUUGGCUGACAGAGAUCCGCAUUCCACGUUGCAUUGGCGGCUCCAUCGGGAUAGAAUAUUCAUUGUGCGGUUUUUGCGAUGCCUCUGAAAGGGGUUAUGCUGCAGUAUUGUACUUUCGUGUGACUGAUCCGUCUCAGAAGGUAAACGUGUACUUGCUCGGGGCAAAAACUAAACUGGCACUGUUAAAAACGACCACGAUACCCAGAUUGGAGUUAUGUGGAGCUGUUUUGUUGGCUUCUUGGUUAUCACGGAUGCUUCGGAUACUGGAAGCACACAUGAAGAUUUCAGGUGUUUAUGCUUGGUCGGAUUCGACCAUAGUCCUUUCUUGGUUGUUAAACCCCCAUGUUGCCUUGAAGGUCUUCGUCUCUAAUCGCGUCCAUCACAUCAAGACCUUGCUUCCAGUCUGCCAGUGGGCUCAUGUCAGGUCUGAAGAAAACCCGGCUGAUUGUGCGUCACGGGGACUGACUCCAGCAGAGAUAGUAAAAGCUCAGUUGUACUGGUCGGGUCCAGAGUUUUUAAGAUCUCCAGUCGAUCAUUGGGAUCUCCAUCCAACUACCAUGCCAGGCGACCAGCUACCGGAAGUCCACUCAGUAGCCCUUUUGAUAACGUCACCAAUAAGGAAAGGCGAAUGGUUUACGCGGUUCUCAUCCUACAGCGUCAUGAUCCGUGUAAUAGCUCGGCUACGCCGUUUCAUUGGAAGAUGUAGACGGCAGGAAACAGUUUCUGGUCAUUUGACACGUUCAGAGCUAGAUCAAGCUUUGUACGUGUUAGUCAGAUGUACCCAGGAGUGCCUGUUGAGUUCUCUUCUUCGGGAAUUGUCAAGUGGUAGCGCAGUCUCUUCGAAGGUGUAUGCUAAACUUAGCCCUUUUAUCGAUGAAUUUGGUGUUAUUAGAGUUGGUGGUCGGCUGCAGAAUGCUAUGUGUUCAUGGGAUCGCAAACACCCAAUACUGUUGCCUAAAGAAUCGCACCUAUCUGCGUUGAUUGCACGCCAUUGGCAUUUGAGUGCAUGUCAUGCCCGAUCAAAACUACUUAUCUCGUUAGUCAAUAGUCGCUUCUGGAUCAUGGGUGUACGCCGGGUUGUCUAUAAGGCUAUCAAGUCCUGCAUUACUUGUGUAAAACUAGAUGGAGUGAAUCCUCAACCCAAAAUGGCUGAUCUGCCUAUGUCAAGAGUGCAAGCUUGCCGAGCAUUCACAGCAGUGGGAAUUGACUACGCAGGACCAUUAAUAAUAAAAGAAACCAAGUUACGAAAAGCUCGCGAAUACAAAGUGUACAUAGCACUCUUUGUUUGUAUGAGUACAAGAGCUAUUCACCUUGAAGUUGUACUGGAUUUAUCAACUGAUGACUUUUUAGCGGCACUUGACAGAUUUGUUGCCCGGCGAGGUGUGCCUACAUCCGUCCAUUCAGAUUGUGGGACAAACUUUGUUGGGGCUGCACGUAAAUUGAAGGAUUUGAUCAACUCGCCCUCGAGUAGGGAUCAAUGUUCCAGUCGUCUGAUGUGUCACUGGAACUUUAACCCGCCUAGUGCACCUCACUUUGGAGGACUUUGGGAGGCUGCGGUGAAGUCUACCAAAUCGUUGCUGACAAGGUCAUUGGGGGCGCAGACUUGGACAUUGGAAGAGUUUACUACAAUCCUAUGUCGGGUUGAAGCUGCGCUGAACUCCAGGCCAUUAACUCCUGUUACUCCAGAUCCGGAGGACUUGGACUGUUUGACCCCAGGUCAUUUUUUAAUUGGCCAACCAUUGAUGUCAGUUCCUGAGAAGGAACUCGGUGUGAAGCCAGUGAAUCUACAACGGCGUUGGAAGCUCCUGCAACAAACCUUUCAAACCUUUUGGCGAAGAUGGUCGUCAGAAUAUCUGAACACCUUGCAAGUUAGGAGUCGCUGGUCGUCAAGCCAAGAAAAUGUGAAAGUAGGAGACAUGGUGGUCAUAAAAGAUAGCACUGCAUCCCCACUACUCUGGCGUUUGGGUCGUAUCCUUGAGGUGAUGCCUAGUAAGGAUGGGGUGGUUAGAGUCGUUCGGGUACUAACGAAAGGUGGUUCCUUGGUCAGACCUGUAGUGAAACUGGUACUGCUGCCGACCGAUCAGUCAUAA